AUGGGGGGUCCCACUCCAUCCGUCAUUUCUCCUUUCCAACUUCGCUUUCCGAUUUCCUCUGCCUCCCUGUCAGCUCUCCGCGCUCCUCCCCAAACCUUCCGUGAUACCGACCGUGGUGUUAGCAUGGCGACCAGUAGGAUAGCACUGCCUGCGACUGAAUUCCCCCUCCACGUGCCAGUGGGCAUCGGUGGGUACGGGGUGACGCUUGAGAUGAAGGACUACGAAGUCCUUCGCGACGAGAAGGCCGAGUUCACAGAACCUUGCUUCGACCUCGGCCUCGCGUACGAGCUCGAUCGUCUGGGAAAAGGCGACAGCAUGAUCCUGAUCCGCGGUGCGAGUCUUCGCGCUGCCAGGACGGCGUCGAAGGCGGACCAUCUGAUUUUCGGGUCGGCCUUCGGCUUCGAAGCCCUCGCCACCCCCCUGUGCACCGGUGGCGGACCUCUUCCCGGCAGGCACUGCAGCGUCCUGCUUGUUGUGCGCCAUGGCGACCUGCUUUUGCCCGACGAGGAGGAGAUCGGGACGUUCUACCGCCACCUCGACCCCAAAACCUCCUCCAAGCGGCACGAGGAGGAGGCGGCCAACGUUUUGAGGUUUUUGGGCGAAUGCGUGAAGGCGGAGUUGAACCGUGGGGGAAGGCAGUGGACGGCUGCGCCUCCUUCCGCCAAAGUCCUCUCCGAACGUCUAGAGAGUCUUGCCGCCCUCAUCCGUGAUGUGAGUUUCCAACGUCCAUGUCGCCUUGUCGCCUGGGCUAUCGUCGUCCAGGCGUCGACUCACCCUUUUCGUCGGCGCCAUGUGCUUCGGAUGUUGAUGCAAAAAUUGUCCGACAUCCUCAAGGAGGAGGUCGCCGGCACGGGGCUGUUGGCGGUCAACGCGUUCGCGUGGUCGUUGGAGCAUCUGGACGACGCGCAUCGCAGCUACGAUCCGCUCAUCGUCGAGAACCCGAAGAUGGCCGGCUUGAAGGCGCUCCGACUGGAGCUGCUGCACCACGCGGAGAAGGCCGCGUCAAACAAAGGGGAGGCGGCGUCGACCGUGGCCCGUGGCGUCAGAACCGCCAUCGCUCUGGAGGAGGCAGUACAGUUCGCCGGUGAGAAGGUUGCGGAUAAGAGCGGCGGCAGCGGACCCAAGUUGGGCAAGAAGGCCCGGGGCAGCAGUGGCUCGACCCCGACUAGGAUGGCAUCAAAGGCGGCUAUCGAGCGUCUGAAGGCGGCGGAGAGGGAGAUCAAGAAGCUGAGGGAGGAGAAGCUGGUGGCGGAAAAGAGGCUGGAGUUCCAGACGGCCCGGAACGACACGAUGUACGGCGUGGUCACCUCGGCCGUGAACAAGCUCACUACAGUCGCCGAGGGCGUGACCCAUCUCGAGCAGACGUCGGGGAGGAGCAUCCAAACGGCGGUGGAUGCUAUGAGGGCGGUCGUGCAGGAGGCGGUGAGCUAUCGCGGCUCCACCCUAGAAUUCAUGAACACGCAGUGGCUGCCCACCGUGCAGGCCCUGCACUUGAUGGCUACUGCUGCACAGGGUAGGCGACGGGAGGACGACCUCCUGCUGCUUCGAGGUGUGGCAGAUGCUCUUGGCCAGAAGAUCAAAACAGUCGUGUCUGCCGAGGUGAAGGCCGCCAUGGAGGGCGAGGCGCAGCGGAUCGCCGCUGCCGUGACUACGAAGGUCGUCCAACAGCUUAGGGACGACCUGGUGAAGGCGGUCACCUCCGCGACCCAACAGGGCAUUCGCACCGCCGGGUUUAGCCUCCUCCCAACUGCUCUCGCGUCGGUGAUGCACGGCGGUCGCGCAACUGCCGAGGAGAGUGGGCCGGCCCCAAGGCAGUCGGGGAAAAGGGUCGCCGACAAAAAAUCCCUGACCGGCGACCAGACCAGCGGCUCUAAGCGAAGCAGAGGACCUGCGGUGAAACGCGGUGUGGGCGUGGAUCCUCCUGCCCCUCCGUAUGUUCUCACUCAAAAGCCAUCGUUCGACGAGUAUCUGAAAUGGCUCGAGGAUCAGGGUCAGAAAACCCCGGUAAUUCCUCCGACUCACAGCAACCAGGCGGUCGACCAAGGAGCAGAGGCAGCGAACGUCGAGGCGGCGACUGCAGGGCCGAGUGGCUCAACGGUGGAGGCGGCUGUGUGGAGAGCGGCGGAAGAGGCCGGCGGGGUGGACGAAGAGAUCCUCGCCAGCAUCGUGAUGCCGGACCCGGAAAUUCAGGUCAUGCGGGAAAAACUACAAGCAGCAGCUCCCACCGUGGGAGCGCAACAGGGUGCACCAGCCGCCUCGACUGCUCCUGCGGAGGACCAUAGCGCGGCUGGCGCCAAAUCCCCCCCGGCCACAACCAGUGAGGUCCGCGAUGGGAAGCAGAAGCGCAAGGGCAAGGACAAGGCGAAGGGCGGCCCGGCGAAGGUCGGCUCUUCCAAGGGGACGUCCAAAGCGGCCGCGCAGGGUCGGAAGGGUUCAGGCGUCCGCGUUGACCCUUCAAAUGGGCUGGCCGCCUCGGAGAUGAAGUUUGGGAAGAAGAGCCGUUACAUCUGCCGGUCGAUGGACAAGUCCGAGGCCGCCUACUGCAUCGCUGUCGCCGUUUCGUCGUUCGACAGCUUCGUCAACGGCGUGGUUCUCGAGGAGUUCGGUGGGGUCAAGGAGGAAGUGAUGGCGCAGUAUAAGGCGGACUGGAAUGUGGCGCGAUUGAUUCCGGGGGGCAUGUGGAUGGUCAUGUGGAGCCGAGGGGCGAACGUCUUCCGCGACAGGAUAACCGGAGCCGACCGCGCAGCUCUCAUGUUGGCUCUUCGCCCGGCGGUGUGGUUCGGCGACCUUCCGGAGUCGACCGAGCCCGAGAAGGCCGCGAAGAAGAAGGUGGCGAGCGACAUGAUUGCACGCGUUUCGAUGUGUGCCGCCUUCGCACCGGUGGCCGCGAAAGUGACGCCCAUUCCGGGCGUCGGGUCGGAGCGGUUGUCCGAGAUCCUCGCCGGUACUGCGGCCGCGGUGUGGUGUUUUUCGGAGACCAAUGCCACGGCGGAAGUAGCGGCCGGCGAAGGGGGGGCGGCAGCGACCAUGCGCGGAGCGUCCAACGAGUUCGCGAGUCGGUGUCGGACCGUCAUCGAGGCGGUGCUUCAGCGGGCGGCCUCCCGGGUGGUCGUCGUAGGGGAGGUCGCCGAAACGGUGACGAAGGACCUGCAGGCGGCUGUUGUGAGGUCGCUGCCUGAGGUCGGAGAGGAGCGCGAGCACGACGAGCUGAUCGCCCGUCUCAUGAUAGAGAACCUCGCCUUCUGGGGGGACUGCAAUGUCGGAGGCCCGAAGCUCAAGGCUCGCGGCGUCGAUUUGCCUAUCGACCCCCAGAUGAAGAUUAUCAUUCGGGACAGGGGGACGAGGGGGCAGCAGCACAAAGGGAAGCAGGUCGCCGACGCCUAG